CUUCACUCCAUUCCUCGCUUCUUGCCGCCAGAGGCUUGAGACAGAGGAAAAAAAGAAAAAAGAAAAAACUCAUCUGUUACUCUCCCACCAUUAUCUCUAGCACUUGUCUACUUUCAUUUCUGCGCCAUCGCACCAGGAUCCUUGGGAGCACUCCUUUUCUCCUCUAACUUACUGCCUACAACCGUUUCCGCCUGAUCGUGCGUGUCUCAACCCCGCGGGGUCAUGGAUUACUCCGUCAAUCUCCGCCGCAAGGAUACCACCAAGGGCCCUCCCUUGAGGAUCCUUUCGCUAGAUGGUGGCGGUGUCCGGGGCUAUUCCAUGCUUAUUAUCCUUCAAGAACUCAUGUACCGUGUAUACGUCGAAUGCGAAGGAAAGGCACCUCGUCGUGAGGACAUUCCCAAACCAUGCGACCAUUUUGAUCUCAUCGUUGGCACCGGAACCGGCGGUCUCAUUGCCCUCAUGUUGGGCCGUCUCCGCCUUGACCUCGAAACCUGUAAGGAAGUCUACGUGCGCAUGACCCGCCGGGUCUUCGAAACCGACAAAACCAUUGCCGGCAUCCCAUUCCGUUCCACCUUAUUCAAGGCCUCCAGGCUCGAAGAGGCCAUUCGCGAAUGCGUCCGUGAACAUACCGUUUUCGAGGCCGAGGGGAAUGACAUGACCCCCGGCAGCGCGCGCAACUCACUCGCCGGUGCCCCCUAUAGCCCCAAUGCGGUCGCCAUUCCGCAGCGCUCGGGCAGUCGCGCUAGUUUCAGCACCACCAGUACGGCACACUCGUCCGGUCACCAUAGUCAUCGCAAUUCGACAUUUGUGAACGGCUUGCGGUGGGGAAACCCGGAUGCGUUAUUGUAUGACAAUCGGGAAUAUCGAACCAAAACCGCGGUCACCGCUCUCUACAAAGGUACCACCCGGAAUGGGUCGUCUGUCAUGCUCCGUUCAUACGAUUCCCGCAAAGAGCCCCCACCCGAGUUCAAUUGUACAGUCUGGCAGGCCGGUCGGGCCACCUCGGCCACCGGGAUGGCUUUCAAGCCGAUUCAGAUCGGCCAGCACGUGUUUAUCGAUGAAGGGGCCGGCACCUACAAUCCGGCGCCGCAGGUAUUGGACGAAGCGACGGUGAACGAGUGGCCGGGCCGUGAGGUGGGUGUUUUCGUCAGCGUCGGGACCGGCAAGCGACCGCCCGGCACAAACAACCGCCAACACGAGUGGUGGGAAGAUUUCUUCGGGGAUGCGCUGGGGUCGUUCGCGGAGGCACGUCGGCGACUGAUCGCCAAAAUCGAGGGCUGUGAGGAUAUUCAUGUGGCUAUGCUGCGCGACCAUCUUUCGAAGCGCAACGUGAGCCAGGAUAAUUAUUACCGAUUGAAUGUUGAGGUCGGAGUGGGCGAGUUUGGCAUGAACGAGUGGAAUCGCCUGGCGGACAUCAGCACCAAUACCAGGCGUUAUUUGACUCGACCGGAGGUGAAGCGACAGAUCCUUGAUGCCGGAGUCAAAUUUGCCAAAAUCAACCGACAGCAUCGACGUCUGGCCGACCAUGCGGCGGCUCCUGGAGGGAAUGACGCAGGCGAGGAGACCAGUUCCAUCCUGGGCAGUCCCGUCCUGUCGGUGCAGCCUCCGUUGCCCCAUCCGAUGGCGGUGGAAUUGCCUGCCGAGUUGCCCGGCGAUUUUGUUUUACGACCGUUGACGGCGACCGAUGAUACACUCCCCGCGCACCCGACACCGCACGAUGCAGUUCUGGGGUCCCCGGCGCGUGGCUCGGGCAGUGAUCUGGCCAGUCCGAGUCCCCAUGGAUCUUCGCGGCCUAGUUUUGAGCUACCGUCGCAUCAUAACGGGGAAGAGAUGCCUCCACCCGUGCCGCCAAAGACCCCCAUCCCUUAUCCUGACCAUCCCAGUGAACUUGGCGGGAUUCCCAUGCCGAUGCCGACAGUGAUGCCUCCGGCGACGACGAAUAGUGGCCACGGAUAUCCGGGGGCAGGCGGGAAGAUCCGACCGCCAUAUCCUAUGGAUGAACCUCCCGUGGUGAACAAGCAGCGGAAACCGAGUUAUCAUGUUCGAUGAGCAAAUGAUUCUAUGAUAUGAUCUGCUUAAAUACUUUAUGGGAUGGAGAAAGGGGGGCUGAGGUUAUGGCGUCAAGAUACCCACGAGAGAAGAUGUCCCGUAAGCAUAGUGGAGGAUGGGAGGCCGGAGGAGUUUGAUUGAGGAUCUGAUGAGGACUUGAUGAUAUUGAAUUGAAGGAUACCCUAAUUAAUGAGUGAAUGAAUUCC